AUGGAUGAGUAUGCAUUCCAAGGAGGAUAUUAUGAUUCUCAAUCUUAUGGGGGUAACCAACAUGAUGGAUAUGGAGAUCCUUACCCCACUCAACCCCCACCUCCUAACAAUUACUAUGAUGCUCAAUCUCAAUAUUUUUGUCCACCACAAUUCCACGCCCAAAACUCAUACUCUCAAUACACUCCAAACUUCCAAAAUCCUUACCCACCACAAUCCUAUCAAGACUCACUUUACCAUUUCCAAGACCCCCAAUAUGCUUCAUGUGAUCAAUACCCUCACACUCAACAAACAUCUCCAUACUACACCUACUCUUCUUACCAACCAAACUCACCUCCACCACCCCAAAAUCCAUACCAUCAAGGCUCAUCUCUAAAUCAUUUUUCCCCACCCACUCAAUGCUCACCAAGUGUAAGGAGGAAUGGAUUAAAUGAGGAGACAUUAGCAUUAGCUAAGCGUUGGGGAGUCACUAUUGUACCCGAUGGUGACAUUGAGGAUGAUGGCUAUCCCAUGAGACCGAUUGAAGAAGAGUAUGCUAAUAAUCAAUGGGAACCUCAUGAGCCCCUCUAUCAAGAACCUCAACAAGAAUGCCAACCAUUUGAUCAAGAUCCGAGAUGA